AUGGCAAAAAUGAGUUUCUCUUCCUACGUAUUAAUACUAACUUUUUCUUUGCUUUCUCAAGGCAUUUCACAUUCAGCAUCCAAAUCGAUAAGCAAUUUAGAAGAUGACAUGGUAUUUAAAACGUUGAGGCUGGGGAAAGCCUUUCAGAAGGAAGAUACUGCAGAAAAAUCAAUUGUUGUUCCUUCCCUGGAGCAAUAUAAAAAUGAUGAUAGCAGUUUCAUGAAUGAUGAAGAAAACAAAAAUUCAAAGAAUGCAGGUUCCAAACAUAAUUUCUUAAAUCAUGGCCUGCCACUGAAUCUGGCUAUAAAACCUUAUCUUGCACUAAAAGGAUCUGUAGCUUUUCCAGCUGAGAAUGAAGUUCAAAAUACUGAAUCAACACAAGAAAAAAGAGAAAUUGGGGAUGAAGAAAACUCAGCUAAAUUUCCUAUAGGAAGGAGAGAUUUUGACAUGCUUAGGUGUAUGCUGGGAAGAGUCUAUCGACCUUGUUGGCAAGUCUGAUGCCUGUUGGUCCACAUCAUCAUUUAAAAAGAAAGCAAAAUCAUUUAAUUGCCUCUCGGGAAAAAAACCCUUAAUGUUACUAUGACUUGUAUUAUUUUAAAU